AAAGUUCGUAGGAUAUCUUCGAAAGUAUAACAAAGGCUUGAUUUAAACUAACAAUUCUCGUAUACUUUUAGUUUUAAACAUUACAGUAUCAAUUUCUUGAUAAGUCUUUCUAGUUUAUUACUCACAUGAUGUAAUUAGUAGUUGACAAGAUGGCUGAGAAGAGAAAAGGAAAGAGGCGGAAGGAGGAAUUUGUUUCUGAAAAACCAGAUAAACCAACCCGAGAAGAAUAUACUAUUGCAAAAUGGCUGCGUAAAAAUGUACCAACAAAGAAAACCAAAUUCUUAAAUCAUAAUGUGGAAUACUUCACUGCUGUGAAAGCUGUGGAUGCUCUCAUGGAAACUCACUGGGCUAAUCCUAAAGAGGGAGAUGAAUCAUUGUUUGCUUCAAGGGCUGAUGUGGUUGAAUUUCUUGACAGGAUGCUGAGACACAAAUUUUUUCACCGAGCCAAGAAAGUUCCUGUGUCAGAGCAGGAGCUGAAAGCGAAGUCAAAGAAGAAGGAGAAAGACAGAAAACGCGAAGGAGACGAGAAACGCAAGAAGGAGGAGGACAAGGGCGAUGCAGAUGCUGAGAGUAGCCAUGCCGAAGGAGAAAAGAAAGAUGACAAGCAAGUUGUUCCAUCUGAAGAAAAGGAUAAAAAGAAGCGCAAAAUCAGACUUGAAAUGCAUUUAGAGCAGUUGUUUGUUGAUGGUCUAGAUGCUUAUGUAUGGAUCUAUGAUCCUAUUCCUGUCUAUUAUUGGUUCUUUGGCACUCUUCUGGUUCUAGGAGCCAUUGCAAUUUGUCUCUUCCCAUUAUGGCCACCAUCUGUAAGGAAGGGAGUUUAUUAUUUGAGCAUAGCUGCAGCAGGAUUCCUCCUGUUCAUAAUUGCAUUGGCAGCUGUUCGGCUCGUUCUGUUCUUUGCCCUUUGGGCGCUGACUUUUGGUAAACAUCAUUUCUGGCUCUUCCCUAACCUCGCAGAAGAUGUGGGGUUUCUGGCCUCAUUUUGGCCUAUAUAUCAGUAUGAGUAUAAAGGUGGAAAUACUAAGGAAAUGAAAAAGUCUACAAAGAAGAAGAAGAAAGAGAAAGAUUCUGACAAUGAAGAAGAAAAUUUGGAAGGAGAUGGGACAGAGAAAGAGGAUGCUAACAAAACUGAAGAUGAUAGGCCACCAGAUUCUGAAGAGAAAGCUGUACAGGAAAAGGGCGUGGACAAUUCAGAGAGUGAAUCAGAAAACAGCCAGAAGUCUCAGACAGGAAAGGACUUUGAAAUGGUAGAACGGGAGGAGGUAGACUCUUAACACUUUUUGGUAAGAAGUAUGUUUAACCAUUAGCUACAGUUAAUAUAGACAAAGGUUAAAACAAAGUUUAUUGGCUUUGAUUUUGCAGUUUACAAAUGAGAUGCCUUGCAGAAGUUUUACCCUGAUGUAAAUUUUAUUUUUAUUUCUGUUGAUACUUGAAUUAUCUUACCAAAAUGAAAUUACCAUAAACGUUUUCUUGCAUAUAUCUUAAUAUUGUUAGUUUACUACAAACCUCUUCUGACGUUAUGAUUGUUAAACUGUUUAGUGGUUAAUAAGUUGACAUUUGCUUUCCUCGCGCUUUUCUGAAUCUUCAAUUUAUGCUUCUUGUUCUAUUCUGGUACAUUAUCACAUGAAGAAUGUCUGUUAUAAUAUUUUUAUAGCAAACUACUUUACAAAAUAAUUUCGGGUGCUACGUAAAGAAUCUAUCUAAACAAGGCUGUGAUCACACAGCGAGCCAUUCCAGUGGCUUGUAUAGGAGACAAUACUGUCUACACCAGAGAUCUGUGGUACUUACAAAUGGCGUGAUUCAGUGGUAUGAACUGUUUUAAUACUCAUCUUUCAGAAAAUAAUGGCACUGAAAAUGUUCUGUGUGAUGACAACCAUAGUUGUUACAUGAAAUUGCACACUAAGAUAUUUCCAUAUUCGACGAGUGAAAACAUUGGGUAAAACCCUGCUUCUCAAAUUAUUAUGAAAUGUUGCAGGUAAAUUUAGCAUUUUACUUUGGGCUUUAGAACAGCGUGUUCAACAAAAAUGCAUAAGGUAUAAUUUAAACAGCUUCUUUAUUUUCAGAAUGGUUUACAUUAUACAAAUAGAAUGUUGCAAUACACAGAUGACAUGUUUUACAUAAUAUGAGCAGUGUAUCAGGUAUCAAAGGCACUAUGUUCUGCAUAGGUACAUAUUUCCCAUCAGAUUAUAAAUACUGUAUGUAUGUACAUAUAUAUGUAGAUGCAUCUCAGCAUAUGUUGAUACAAAGCAGAUCUUAAAAGUAUAUGCAAUAUGUAACUGUUUUGUCAGCCAAAGUAAUGUCCAUUAAUAUGGCUGUUUAAAGUCUGAGUGAUGCAGAUUUUGUUUUGUCUUGUCAUCGAUCUGUACCAGUUAUAAUAAAUCUUGUGUAUCAGAAAAGUA